GCGGCGGCGGCGCGGAGGAGUCUGGUCCCCCGGCGCGCGCGCGACCGGGGCGGUCGUUUCCUGCUGCUCAGUGGUCUGCGCGGGUCUGGAUCCUCCCCUGCCGGCCCGGGAGCCGUGCCUUUGCCCGCCGGCGAGGCCCGGAGCCGACCCAUCCUCUUCAUAUCCGGAUCCGGGUUCUGGACACCUCCCCCCAAUCUGGCCUCCUACCCCUCAGUGCUUGGAGUCUGACCUCUGCUCCCCAGCUCUGCGGAUCCGGCCCUUAGCGUCCCCAGCCUGGGAAAAGAUGGCCCCGCGGCCGGCCAGGGGCCUGGUCCAAGCUCUGCUCUGGGGCCUGAGCCUCUUCCUCAGCCUCCCAGGCCCUGUCCGACUCCAGCCCUCUCCGCUGCCUCAGUCUUCUCCCCUGCCUGAGCCCCAUCCGUGUCACACCUGCAGGGCGCUUGUGGACAGCUUCAACAAGGGCCUGGAGAGAACCAUCCGGGACAACUUUGGAGGUGGAAACACUGCCUGGGAGGAAGAGAAGUUGUCCAAAUACAAAGACAGUGAGACCCGCCUGGUCGAGGUGCUCGAGGGCGUGUGCAGCAAGUCGGACUUCGAGUGCCACCGCCUGCUGGAGUUGAGUGAGGAGCUGGUGGAGAGCUGGUGGUUUCACAAGCAGCAGGAGGCCCCGGAUCUCCUCCAGUGGCUCUGCUCAGACUCCCUGAAGCUCUGCUGCCCCGCAGGCACCUUCGGGCCCUCCUGCCUUCCCUGUCCUGGGGGUGCAGAGAGGCCCUGCGGCGGCUACGGGCAGUGUCAAGGGGAAGGGACCCGAGGGGGCAGCGGGCACUGUGACUGCCAAGCCGGCUACGGGGGUGAGGCCUGUGGCCAGUGCGGCCUCGGCUAUUUUGAGGCGGAGCGCAAUGCCAGCCAUCUGGUAUGUUCAGCUUGUUUUGGCCCCUGCGCCCGCUGCUCGGGACCUGAGGAAUCAAACUGUUUGCAAUGCAAGAAGGGCUGGGCCCUGCAUCACCUCAAGUGUGUAGACGUCGAUGAGUGUGGCACAGAGCGGGCCAGCUGCGGGGCCGACCAGUUCUGCGUGAACACCGAGGGCUCCUACGAGUGCCGAGACUGUGCCAAGGCCUGCCUGGGCUGCAUGGGGGCGGGGCCCGGCCGCUGUAAGAAGUGCAGCCCUGGCUACCAGCAGGUGGGCUCCAAGUGUCUCGACGUGGAUGAGUGCGAGGCUGAGGUGUGUCCAGGAGAGAACGAGCAGUGUGAGAACACCCAGGGCGGCUACCGCUGCGUCUGUGCCCAGGGCUACAAACAGAUGGAGGGCGUCUGCGUGAAGGAGCAGAUCCCAGAGUCGGCCGGCUUCUUCUCGGAGAUGACAGAGGAUGAGCUGGUGGUGCUGCAGCAGAUGUUCUUUGGUGUCAUCAUCUGUGCGCUGGCCACACUGGCUGCCAAGGGGGACUUGGUGUUCACUGCCAUUUUCAUCGGGGCCGUGGCGGCCAUGACUGGCUACUGGCUGUCAGAGCGCAGUGACCGUGUGCUGGAGGGCUUCAUCAAGGGCAGAUAAUCCCUGCCACCACCUGCAGCAUCUCCUCCCACCCAGGCUUCCCCCGAAAGGUUGGGCCUCUCUCCUGCUAGACGCUCAGGGCAGCUGGGUUUAUUUUUGAGAGUGGGGUAAGCACCCCCCCACCCGCCUUACAGAGCAGCCCAGGCACCCAUGCCCGGGCAGUUGAGGCCCCUGGGGUGAAAAAGUAGCCCUGAAGGUGGAUACCAUGAGAUCUUUGCCUCACCGGGCAGGCUUCACAGUGUGUGAAUUUUAAAGAAGUUUCUCCUCAUGGUGGCUGCUAAUGAGCUUUGGCCCCUGUCCGGGAAGAGGGGGUCCCCACAGCGGAGGGGCCGUCACAGCCCCUUCUGCCAGCUGCAUGCUGCCAGCUGCUGUUCUGUGUUCACCCCAACCCCACCUGCCACUUAUUUAUUUAUCUCAGGAAAUAAAGGUCUUGGAAAAUUGAAAAGUUUGUCUUUCUACCUGUCUCGCCACCACCUUUGGGGAAGUUUUCUAAAACCCUGGGAAAUUAGGAGUGGAGGGAGGAUGAAGCAGAGAGAGGACCAAGGAGAGGGUUGGCCCUGGAGUAGUUUUAGGAGAAGGGGGAUAGAGAAACUGGCCUUAGGAGUGGAAGUUUCUAGGUUUGAUACCAGCUGUGAUUUGUCAAAGGACCCUGGACUUUUGCCUCUGAUCAUCACUUUUCUCAUUCCUAAAAUGGGCCUGACAAUGCUUCCCACACAGAGUGUGAGCAUUAAAUGGUGCAGGACAGACAGAUAUUCCAUAAGACUGGUUGCCAUUACUACCAAGCCUCCGAG